AUGUCUGACGCUGGAGAUGACAUUCAAGUUGACGAGGCUCCGGUCGAGGUAGAGGCUCCCGCCGAAGCUCCGAAGGGCAAGCUGUCCGUAGAGGACGCUCUUCAGCAAGUCCUGAAGAACGCCCUUGUACACGACGGCCUCUCGCGGGGUCUCCGCGAGUGCGCCAAGGCGCUCGACAAGCGCCAGGCGUACUUGUGCGUCCUCGUCGAGACCUGCACGGAGGCAGAGUACAUUAGGCUUAUCGAGGCGCUCUGCGCGGAGCACAAGAUCAACCUCAUCCGGGUCAGUGACGCGAAGGUCCUCGGCACCUGGGCUGGUCUCUGCAAGAUCGAUCGCGAGGGUAACCCACGCAAGGUUGUCGGGUGCUCGUGCGUCGUGGUCAAGGACUACGGUACGGAGAGCGAGGGGCUUAACGUUCUCCUUGACUACUUCAAGAACCGUUAA